GUAAUGAAAAACUCCAAAGUGUACAUAAAAGAUGUAGUGCCAUAGCUAUAAGUCAUAAUGUUAAUAUUUGUAACAUAAGAUGCUCUUACAAUUUGCUGACUUUACGAGCUGUGAUGAGGAAUCAGAGUGUGAUCUGACACUAAAUCAUUACAUAGUGAACAAGAGUGCCUCAAGAAACUAACUAAAGUGUAUGAAUCAACCAGACCACAGCAAUGCAGUCAGCAACGGAAAAUGUGUUUGUGUAUGUGGCUCGUCAGAGCUACAAAGGAACGGGAAAGAAUGACCCGAGCUUCGAGGUCAAUGAUGUGAUUCACGUAACUGCAGACUUCCUCCACCGUCAGAACAUCAACCCCGAGAGCCCUGAUGGGUGGCUCUUAGGGAAAAAUGUGCGCACAGGCCAAGAAGGAUAUUUUCCCAGGCUAUUUCCUGGUGCUGAACGGUUCCCAGCUCCGAAUGCCCCGGUGCCGGCCUCCCCCUGACAUCUCGGGGAAUUCACAGGUGUAUAUGAACCUUGGCUGGAACAGCGCGUCGUCAACAGGGGAGGAUUCUGGUUACAUAUCAGCUGCCCAGCACAAUUCCUCCCUGAGCUCAACGCCUCACACAGGCAGUCGUCGCAGUUCGUCCGGCCAGUCGUCGCCGUCGGUGCAGCACAACCUCGGCCCCGCCUACUUCCUCACGCCUGUCCUCUGCGUUCACU